AUGACACACCUCCAAGGGAACCAGAUCGGUCUGGUUGUCGCGUAUAUUCUCCUCAACCUGGUCAGCGUUGCGGUCACGGGUCUCCGUUUUUAUGCCGUUUCUAUUGCCCGUCGACGGGAUGCGGUUCAUGGGAUUUUUAUUGACACUCUGAUCGAUGAAGGGACUGUCCAUGGUGGCAUUGGGCUUCGCCUCGAUCAAGUCAGCGAGUCGCAGCGGGCGAUCGCACUAAAGACAUUUUUCAUCUCCCAGUUCUUCUGGCCCAUCUCCGUCACAAGCUACCGACUAGCCAUCCUCCACAUCCACGUGCAAAUGUUCCCCUCCACGGCCUUCUGCCGCGUCUCGUUGCUGUGCGCCAUGGUCGUCGUCUUCUUCUUCGUCGCCAGCGUCGCCACCGCGGCGAGUAUCUGCUGGCCCGCCCGGUUUACGUGGGACAAGACCAUCCACGGGGUCUGCGCCAACCAGGAUGCGGCUGGACUGGCGGCCGUCUCGUUGAACACGGUGCUGGAUGUGCUUGUUGUGUUACUACCAUUGCCAUGGGCCUGGUGUCCGGAGAUGACUGCGCAGGAGAAGAUUCAUGUGACGGUUAGUUUUGCGCUUGUGGUGAGCAUCUUCGGCGUCGAUUUAUCCCGCGUUAUCAAACUUCUAAACUGCCGCGUCGAUCACGAUUUCACCCUCUGCGUAUUGGAAGAAUUGAUCCUCACCGGAUCAGAGAUGGCCAUCGGCAUCGUUAUCGCCUGCCUCCCUACGCUGGGACCCAUCUUCUGUCGCGAGUAUUGGUCUGCAGACCCUCCUUCGUACGAGCUCGAGAGUGGUCGCCGUCGCAGCAGCAGCAACAUCAAGCCGGGCCUCAGACAGCAUCAACAUCCUCUGCGAGGGUCCAGCACGAUAUACAACUCAAACAACAACCAUUUUCCGAUCAUGACGAGUCAUCCUAGCCGACCUGCUGAUAGACAUGGACAUGGACAUAGACAUGGUCAACGUCAUCAUCAUCAUCAUCGA